GAGAGAGAGAGUUGCAUUUGUGCAUAUGUGAAAAUAUUGAGGAAGUUAGCAGCACACCACAGUUGAAACAAGCUAACACAGGGACGGAAAUAAUAACGGACACAACCAGCAUCCAAACAUGCAACCACCACCCAGGAAGGUAAAGGAGAGCCAGCAGGUGAAACUGGUGUUUUCAGAGCAGCUAAGUAAACUGCAGACCAAACAACAUCAAGACACCGAACUGCUGGAAGAGAUCAGGUCCUUCAGUAAGCAUCGAGCAGCUAUAGAAAAGGAGUAUGGUCAGGCUCUUCAGAGGUUAGCUGUUCAGUACCAGAAGAGAGAUUGGCAAAGAGGAAAUACAGAUGCUAUCACUUCUG